UUCAGCCACUGGAAAAACCCUAACCUUAUAUACCCAUCCCCGACCUUAGGAGCCUCCAAGUUUUCUCUUUCCCGUAAAACCCUAGGCGGUGCUCCAGAAGAGCAGCAAUGGUGUCGCUCAAGCUCCAGAAGCGGCUUUCCGCUAGCGUCCUCAAGUGUGGCCGAGGGAAGGUCUGGCUCGACCCCAAUGAGGUCAACGAAAUCUCCAUGGCCAACUCCAGGCAAAACAUUAGGAAACUGGUAAAGGAUGGUUUCAUCAUCAGGAAACCAACAAAGAUCCACUCGCGUUCUCGUGCUCGGAGAAUGAAGGAGGCUAAGAGGAAGGGUCGUCACUCUGGACAUGGUAAGCGUAAGGGUACCAGGGAGGCAAGGCUGCCCACCAAAAUCCUCUGGAUGAGGAGAAUGCGAGUUUUGAGGCGCUUACUCCGUAAGUACCGUGAGUCCAAGAAAAUUGACAAGCACAUGUACCAUGACAUGUACAUGAAGGUGAAAGGUAAUGUCUUUAAGAACAAGCGUGUGCUGAUGGAGAGUAUUCACAAAUCAAAGGCCGAGAAGGCAAGAGAAAAGACUCUUUCUGACCAGUUUGAAGCCAAGCGUGCUAAAAACAAGGCUAGCAGAGAGAGAAAGUUGGCUCGGCGUGAGGAAAGAUUGGCACAAGGACCUGGAGAGAGAGCUGCACCAACACCUGCACCCCAACAGGCUGAGGGAGGCGCGAAGAAGGCAAAGAAGUGAGAGUUUUGAUAGUCCUUUCCUUUGAGCACUGAAGAACAAGAUCUCUAGACAUUAAUGCUCUUAAGUUUAAUUCUAUAUAGAAGUUAUAUUCUGUGUUAUUUAUUUUAAUGUGUUAUUUUUUGUGGCAAAUUUUGCAAUCUAAAACCAUUGAACUUAGUGAGUUGCAGCAGUACCAUUUUCUUAAACGUUGAAUGAUGUGUUUAUGACAUUGGUGAAUAUAUCAGUCAAUGCAUGUUGAAAUGUUAAAGCUUA